UUCGAAAGGUGCUUCACGUUCGCUUGCGUUGAACAAACGACGAAAAGCACCCUUUCCCACCGCUCCAAUCCCAUCCAUAACGAUCUUAGAUCGACACAUCUUAGAUCUGGUUCUUCCGCGAACUAACCAUCUCUCGCGGAGAAUUUGUCACGCGAGUCUACGCGGCGAGGCGAGGGAUCGCUGGGACUAUCUCACAAGCGCCUUGUUAGAGAUGGAGCAGACGGUGGCAAAGCGCAAGGCGCCAAGCCUGCUCGAGAGGGCAGUGUGGAAAAUGCUUCUCAAAAGCUUCAAGGUUCUGAUGGGUUUGUUUGUGUAUUACAACACCAAGGUCAAGAAGCGAGGCUUGUAUGAGCGACCAACGUACGUCAAGAGAUACGCAGUCCGUCCGCAGCUGGAAAACCACGUCUGGAUACCGAAUUCAUACAGACCUGGAAGCUCGACACGCCUGCCUUUGCUCAUCGACAUUCACGGGGGAGGGUUUUGCAUCGGACAUCCAUUCGUGGACGACAGGGACAACGCUAUCUACAGCCACAAGCACGGCAUAUGUGUUGUCAGCAUCAAUUACCGCAAAGCGCCGGAGUAUGGAUUCCCACAGCCCGUCGAAGAUGUGGCCGCGCUCAUACAGGCGGUGCUGGACGAUCCCGAGCUUCCCGUCGACAAAGAUCGCGUGGCCGUGCUUGGAUAUUCCGCCGGCGGCAACCUGUGCCUUACAGGCCCGCAGCUGAACAACUUGCACACCAAGAUCAAAGCCUCCGUCGCCUUUUACCCGGUCACGGACUUCAAGCGCACGCUGGCGAUGAGGGUGGCGGCAUCCACGCCACCGCCGAACGGGACAGACAUGCUGGUCCGAAGCUCCCGCGCGUUCAACUGGUUCUAUCUUCGCGGCAAGCAAGACUACGAGAACCCGCUGCUGUCGCCGCUGUACGCGGAUCGAAGCAGGUUGCCGCCGAAGCUGUUCCUGAUGGGAUGCGAAUACGACAUCCUGUGCGCGGAGGCGAGAGACGCGGCAGCGAAGUACGCCGAGCAGGAAGAGGCUGGUGGGGCAAAGAAGAUGCCCCUGGGCGAAGGAAGAGUGGGGUGGACGUGUGGAAAUGUAGUGUGGGAGGAGCUUAAGGGCUUGGAGCACGGCUACAACCAGAGAUGGCCCACGCAGCGAGGCCCGCUGCGAGAGGUGUGGAAGCAGAGAACCGAAGAGAUUCACGACAACGUUGCGAAAUGGUUGUUCAAGGAAGUGUAUACGUCAGACUAAGUCGGUCACUUCACUUGGGGUCCCAUUCUACGUCGACGUCUUUCGCGACUAGGCCCCCCGUCUCCUUGAGCUCCUUUCCUGCCCAUCUGGCGCACUUCUUGACCGUGUCCAGCAGGACGUCCGCGUCCUGCUCGGACGCGCCAAGCCGUCGAAACCCUCUGGUGUGCCAGACGGUCGGGGCCAGUAUGUCCUGAGCCAUGAUUUCGGGCAGGACGACCAUUUCGGACUCGAGGGGAUCCAGGACCGUAAAGUCGGACAGGAACAGGCCGUAGACGACCCGCAUUUCCAACCACUCGAAGUCGGCCUGGUGCCGGCCCCAGGUCGCCAUGAUGGCCGGCAGAUUGUGCCUGUACACGCGCAGCAUGUAGUCGAAGCCUUUCUGGUCGACGGCGGGGCCCGUGUCCUGACAGACGUACCACGAAUCGGACAGCUGGGCGUCACGCGACAGGAAGGCGUUGAGCCUGGCUCUCGUGGCGUCAUCGCCCUCGUCAGGCCGCAGCGAAGCGACGGCGGCGAGUUCGGCCUUGGCCAAGUGCGGCAGCGCCAUGACGGGAAGCGGAAUGCCGACGAUGUUGAACGACUUCACCAGCACGUCCUUGAAGCGGUCGCCGAGUUUUUUGAUCGCGGCCUCGGUCGCGCCAUCGCUCGUCAGGACGUGCUUGAAGAUCGGUACGAUGGUCGCUGGCUUCCCACACGUUAAGAGCGUCGCGUACUAGCGCGUUUGUCAAAUUGCCGUCAAACCAGGCGCGCGGUAGACUAACGAGGGCAAUGUACCAAGACUUGGAUGGCAGACUCUCCGGCCAAGUGGCCUCGACUUCUCUCACGAGUUCGAGAAGGUCGCUGUUUUCGUGCUCCUGAACCGCCCACCAGGCCCGCAGGGCGCCCACGUCGAUUUUGCCGGCUGGGUCUGGGUCACGUGGAAUUUCAGAAAUUGGGUACUGCACGUUUGGGUGCAUGGCGACGAGCGUUUCAGAAUUCUAUGAGAGACGAAAGUGAAGGGCGGACGCUGCCAGCUUUUUGGUUCAUUAGGAAUUUCUUCUCAAUUCCCUUUUAAUGGUACGCGCGAGUCGUUUACCGACUCCCGCUUGCUUACACGCCUUUUUGUUUUUUGCUGGGUUUUUUUAUCCCUUCCCUGUUCGGCGCGAGAGUGGAGUUUGAAAAGCACACGUAAGCAAUGCAAAACCAUGCCACGAAAUCUUGGGCAUCGUACCUCGUAGUGACGGGCGAUAAGCUUGAGGACGAACAAGUUCUCCUCGACUGCCCUGAGAACCGAGCAAGGCGAUCAGACGGUGAGGUCGGGCCCGUGGGCCGACGUCAGAUCCGCUCGACUGGGCGGAGAGUGGACGGCCCUGUACCAAAGGUUCUAGAUGGACCCCGAUUCGCACGUGCUCCCACCUGCCAACCCCUACGUUGACGGGCAAUUCGGCUGUUGCACAACGCUGACGUCGUUUGGGCGCCGGACGGGCUGAUUGACUGAAUGCAAGCUUUUCGGUUGUUUGGAGAGCACGAGCGCGUGCACCAGCACCAGCACCAGCACGACGCCAGAACCGGCGGUAGGAAACCCUUGGGGCGAAGAAGAAAAGGUACGGGAUCCUAGCCCGCUUGGCGUUUACCAGUACCAGACGAAAGGGCAGGAAACGGCUUGUCGAUAACGCGGAUCUCUGCACGACUAAGCAUUCUUCUGGUCAUCUCGUCCGCUGGACGGCGGUUCGUGGGAGCGUGCUGUUAUGUCUGCACUUGGCAGCAAUACAACAACGAGAGGAUGGCUGGUCAAUGGGCGCAGUUGUGGGCGGGCUUGCGGCGCAGAGGACUAAGGCAGAUUGCCCGCGGACCGAUUGCUACCAUCGCUGUCGUCGGGGGUUUGGUAACUUGCUGCUGUUCGCCCUCACGAUGCUGGCGAGCAUAGUCCACUUCAUGCAGAGGGCAAACCAUUGGAUCAGAUGUCACGAAGUGAAGUCGGAAUUCUGCUCGUGCGGGCGCACCAAACACGCACACACACGCACACACGCAUACACACACACACACACACACGAACCAACCCCGGCCGCAGCUGGAUGGAUGGCGGGCGUGGCUCGUUUCUGCGUCAAGUAGCAGUAGUGUUAGUGUCGCUGGCCUGCGGAGCCCUUUGCGGUGAAACAGGACAUCACUGUGCAUAUCAUUUGAUCAGCGUCGGCCGCUGCCCCAAAAAGUUUUUUUUUUCCCCUCUCUCUACCGUUUGAGCGGGUGGGCU